AUGAGCAAUUAUUUUGAAUUAAAUUUAAAUAUUUUCCUUUCUCAACCUCAGGAUAUGUGGGAUUUGAAAAACAAAGGAAAUCAUUGUGACAUGUAUGACAAAUUGCUUCCAAACACUGACAAAACUUGCCUCUACCUGUGCUUAGAAUUUUUCAUGGAAAAUCUUUUUCAUCUGGCAUAA